CCUUCAGGUGUGGUACCAGGAGGGGAUCUCUCUAAGCUAGCGGUUCCUGGUUUCAAUCUCCACUCACUGCUCGUUCAAUCGUCGGGCAAUCAACUUCGUAAAAAUUCUUUCGAUCGUAUACAAGAAAAAAAAUCGGACUCACGUUUUAGUAAACAAAAAAUAAUUAAUUUAAAAAUUAAAUCGUUAUCAAUUGGUUUUGAAGUUAAAACGUUUUUUUUUUUAAUCUCAGUUCGGUGAAUCUCUUCCGUAAGGAUGGAGAAGGACCAGCCGGAUUCUUUGGCAACUGUCGCCGUGGGAUCAGAAAAAAUUUCACCCACGAGCCAUUAUGCGCCAAGUGAAGUUUAUUCCACGACUGAACCACCUCCGGCAUACAUAAGGCCUGGAAAAACAACGGCAGUGCAAAUUGCAAGGAUUGCAGCGAUAACAUUAAUUUCCAUGACAGUGCUAUUGGGAAGUUUUAUUCUCGCAUCAUCCUGGAUCCAGGCACGUGCAUCUUGCACUCCAGAAGCCAUAGCAGCGAUGCAAGCGUCUUUACAUUUGCAAAAAUUACAUGAAAAAAAUUAUAAUUCCCAACAUCAAGGAGAAUUUCUCAAAAAUCUUCAACCCGCAGCUCUCAUUCAGGAUUCUAUUGAUGUAAAAAAUAAUUUGCAAACUCUCUCAGAGACAACAGUAUCGAAGAAAGAAGGUGAAUCAGAGGUGAAGGAAGUUCGAGCUCAAAAACAAAAUGAGAAUAAUUUAAAGAAUGACAACGAUAAUGGUGAUCAAGAUAAUGAUGAUGAGGAUGAUGACUAUGAUGACGAUGAAUUGCCUCCAGUUCAUAUAAAACUUCCCCUUCAACUCGAUCUUGACGACAUUGCAGGAAGUCUCAUCCGACAAGCUCGUAGUCGAGUCUCCUGCGUUGUUGAACGCCGAAGAGCUGACGAAUUAAUGGAUGGAGAUAAUAAUAUUGACAACAGUACUGAUCCUCAAAAAUUCCAGAGAGUGAGUGGAGAACGUGUCUCCAUUCUUUGCGAAGCUGGAAAUCCCCAACAAGAACAACAAGACCAAGAAAUGAUGACACCAAUCAUCGUACCUUUGGGAACAGUUCAAAUUCCAGUUCAACAACAGGAACCAACUUCCGGUUAUCAUCAAUACCAACUUCAUACUCAAUAUCAAGUUCCAGAUAUGCAACAACUUCCAUUGAGUGAUCCCAGAGGCUUUAAUCAUAUUCCAGCCGGAGUUUUGCCACCGGAACUACGCAAUCUACCUCAUAUUAAUAUGGAAAUGAAACCCCCACGUAUGUCCCCACCUGCUCAAUCAAUGAAUCAUCACGAACCCGUUGUUGAACAAAUUGAAAUGCGUCAAAUUCCAAUUGAACUGAGACACUUCCCAUUACGUGGAAUGAGACCAUUACGCCAACAAGAGCCACGUCAGGAACAUAUUAUUGCCAUGAACUUCCCAUCACCAAUGUAUCAUGCUAAUGAGCAAGGGGAUUCAAUGGUGCCACCACCACCACCGCCAGCAACUAAUCCUCAGGAAUCUCAAAUGCCAGAACACAGAAUGAAUCCACAAAUGAUGCAACCGCAACCUGACCAAAGACCCCCUCAAAUUCCACAAGAUAUACAACGAUCACCAUUACACGGGAUUCCCUUAGAAAUUCGUAGAAUCGUCCAACAAGUUCCAAUGGAGAUCAAGAAUAUUAUUCAACAUAUUAUGGGUGAUUCGAAAAUUUUCCCUGUUCCUGUUGCCGAAGAAGCUCGUCAAGAGCCUAAGGAACAAGAAUUCAAACCCUUCCCAGAAGGUGUACGUGCAAUUUCAUUGGGACCAUUUUCACUUCCAAUUCAAUUAAAAAAUCUUUUGGAACAUGGAAGUAUGGAAGAUAGAUCGCCACGAGAUGGUGAAAAUUCUGAACAGCAACAAGAGGAAAAUCAUUCAGAAGAAAUGGAAAGAAGUUUUCCAACUGCCGGUGAUGUUCGUCGUAUGAUUCACCAGGUUGUGGAAGGUCGUGCAAUGCCAGUAUCGAGAAUUUCUCUACCUUUAAGGGCUGUUGAAUCAAUGGACAUUCCUGUUCAAGCUAGAGCUAUUGUAGCCGAUAAUCAAGGAUCUGAACAACACGAUGAACAACAUAAUCAUGAACAACAAGAACAACAUCGCCCAGAACAUCCACUUCUUCAAGCACAACCACCACAGAAACUUCAACAUGUUCAGGAAGAAAAUCGUCCUCAUUAUGUUCAACCACGAUCAGUGCGUUCAAUUCCUGAUGAAUUUACUGCUCAUCCUCGUAACAAACGAAUGCGCCGUUCAUGUGAUUGUGCUUGCAAUUGUUAAAAGCAACGAUUUUUUUUUUAAAAAAAGAAAAAAAUAUAUAAAUUUUCUUCCACGUAAAAGCAAUUUUGUGCAAGAAUUGUCGUUACUAUUAGUCGCAUUAUUCAAAACAUUGUCAUAUAUAUACCUUCGCUUUCUACUCUCACUAGUUUAUCGUUUAAAAACUAAAAAGCAUAAAAAAAAAACAAAAAAUUGAGUGGAUAUAUAUUACAAUAAAGUAAAUCUUAUUUAAAAAAAAAAUUUUGCACUCUUUUUAUAUGCAUUAACAUAUAAACAAAGAAUAAAAAAUACUAAUUGAUAUGUGAUCUGAAAAUAUAAUCGAGGGGGGUAGUAAAAAAAAGUGAUAAAAAAAUGUGAAAAAAAGUGAUAUAAAAAAAGAUGAAAGAGGCAGACGAUAGGACUUGGCGAGAAUGCUGUGAUUCCUAUAUUUUAUUAAAAAAAAAAAAACAAAGUUUAUUGACUCUAUACUACUGUUAUGGAGAUUUUUUUUUUUCGUCUGGAUUAUGUAUAUUAGCCAUUUGGCAUUAUUACUUCUAUAAAUUUUAUAAUAUUACGUAUUAAAAAAUAUAAGUCGGAAAUUCGUUAUAAGCGGAAAAAAAUGGUUUCAAAGAAAGGUUGAAGAAAAUCAGUUACAUUCAUUAUAAUAUAUAUAUGUUCAUAAUAAAAUAGUUGAUAGAUUUUUAUUUUCAAUUUCUGUGUUUCACUGAUUCGUCUGUGUAAUAUUUUUGUUAUAUUUUUCAAGAAAAGUUAGUUCAAUAAAAUUAUACGUUAAUGGAUAA